UGCCGGUGGGUGAGUAGGUAGAGUAUAAAAACUGUACCUCGGGGACGCGACACUAGCAGCAAGUUUCUUUGCUCUGCUCCUCCGCAAACUGUGCUCCUCGUUUCAUGCGUGAGCCAAAAUGAAGUCCCUCGCCGCAACCCUCGUGGGUCUGAUCGCGCCCGUCCAGGCCGGCCUCCGCUUCCCAUGCUCAACCCUCACCAUCCAACGUCUCGACCCCGUCGUCGAGCCGGGCAACAUCCCCUCCGCUCACGUCCACCACAUCGUCGGCGGCAACGCCUUCAACGCCACCAUGGAAGGCGACGUCGGCGAGCGAGCCACCUGCACGACCUGCCAAAUGUCGGAGGACUUUUCCAACUACUGGACUGCCCACCUCUACUUCAAGCACCCGACCAACGGGUCGUACCACCGCGUGCCUGUGCUCCCCGUCCAGCCUCUGCUGGGUGGAUCCCAGGGUGCGCAGGGAGGGUUGACGGUGUACUACACCCAGUUUGAUCUCACGAGAGAUAACCUGGGGAAGCAGAAGAUUACUUCUUUUCCCCCUGGCUUCCGCAUGACAGUAGGCACCCCGACCGAGCCCGGCAAACCCCGCGUCGGCCUCCGCUACCAAUGCCUCCAAGGCCAAAACCGCGGCCGCGAACUCGACGACUUCCCCACCGGCCCCUGCAGCGGAGGCAUCUUCACCACCCACCACUUCCCCGCCUGCUGGGACGGCAAAAACCUCGACUCGCCUGACCACCAGUCCCACAUGUACAACACCGUCACCCGGGACGGGUUCCUCAACGCGGGGCCGUGCCCUUCUUCGCAUCCGAUCCGGAUGCCGCAGGUUGCGUUUGAGACGGUGUGGGACACUACAAAAUUUAAUAGCAUGUGGCCGUCGGGAGGGAAGAACCCGUUUGUGUGGAGCUUUGAGGGGACGGGGGGUGGGACGCAUGCGGAUUAUAUGUUUGGGUGGAAGGGGGAUAGUCUGCAGAGGGCGAUGGACAAGAGUGAGUGUUUUUAUGAUGGGUGUGGGAGUAUUCAGAAGCAGCAGAUGGCGGUGGCGAAUAGGUGUGCCAUCAAGGAGACGGUGGUGGAACAGACGGAUGGGUGGAUGGUGAAGCUGCCUGGUCGUUAAGAAGUGAGAGGGGCUGAUGAGCGGGAUGGGUAUUCGACUGACGAGGCUACUGCCUGAUGUGUUUGCCCUCUGCGUCACGGUUUGAUGUUUGAUUGUUAGGUUAUACCGAGACUGUCGUUUUUGAACGCAUCAUUUCAUAUCUGGAACCUUCAGC